CCUUCUCCCUCCUUAAACGGAGCACGACCUGAGGCAACGAAGAAGAGGAGAUCGAGCGUGCUCGCGCUGGAGGUGGGUACUCGCGUGUUGUGCCGUUGGACAGAUGGCGAAUAUCAUCCCGUUAAGGUCAUCAAACGCCGUAAGAUGGACUACGCUGAGUCCAAUGACUACGAAUAUUACGUUCAUUACACUGAGUUUAACAGGAGGCUUGAUGAAUGGGUGAAGCUUGAUCACCUUGAUCUUGAUUCUGUCGAAACUGUUGUUGAUGAAAAGGUUGAAGAUAAGGUCACAAGCUUAAAAAUGACGCAACACCAGAAACGCAAGAUUGACGAGACACGUGUAGAAGUAGGCCAUGAGGAGUUAGAUGCUGCUAGCUUGCGUGAGCUUGAGGAAUUCACAAAAGUUAAAAAUAUAGCAACCAUAGAACUUGGAAGAUAUGAAAUUGAGACGUGGUACAUCUCCCCCUUUCCCCAAGAGUAUAAUGAUUCGUUGAAGUUGUACUUCUGUGAGUUCUGCCUCAACUUCAUGAAGCGCAAAGAGCAACUUCAAAGGCAUAUGAGAAAGUGUGAUCUCAAGCAUCCCCCUGGUGACGAAAUAUAUAGAAGUGGUACGCUUUCAAUGUUUGAGGUUGAUGGAAAAAAGAACAAAGUUUAUGGGCAGAAUCUUUGUUAUUUGGCAAAGUUAAUCCUCGACCAAAAGACCCUUUAUUAUGAUGUGGACUUGUUUCUGUUCUAUGUAUUGUGUGAAUGUGAUGACCGAGGUUGCCAUAUGGUUGGAUACUUUUCCAAGGGAAAGCAUUCUGAGGAAUCAUAUAAUUUGGCAUGCAUCCUUACCCUUCCUCCAUAUCAACGGAAAGGCUAUGGAAAGUUUUUGAUUGCCUUCUAAGCUGAGCGACAUGACAGCUAUAAAGGCAGAGGAUAUAUUGACGACACUGCAGAGUCUAGAACUGAUUCAGUAUAGGAAAGGUCAGCAUGUUAUAUGUGCAGACCCCAAGGUGUUGGAUCGCCAUCUGAAAGCUGCUGGCCAUGGUGGUCUUGAGGUUGAUGUCAGCAAAUUGAUCUAGACACCCUAUAAAGAACAGAGUUAAUGCUGCUGCUGCCUCCUAAAGUAACAGGUUUGAAUUACACUUUGUCUACUUAGCAGCUGUUCACUAGGGUUUUAUUGUGUUUAUAUAUAAAACAGAAAUCUUAGAUUAUGAGAUUCGAAACUCAGAAACUUAGAAGAGCAUCUCCCUUCUCACUUGCAUGGCGAGUUACAAUAGACUUGAUUGAAAAUAAGUAACCAAAUUAUAUUGUUUUUUUCUUCUUUUUUGCUUUAGAUGCCUAAAAU